AUGGCACCAAAAAAGGAUAAAAAGAAGAAAGCCCCAGAUGAAGGUUUCAAAGGUGCAUUUACUGAAGUUGAAAGAGCCUUGUAUGAAUUACAACUAGCUGAUUGCAAUCGAAAAUUGGCUCGACUCCGACAAUCAAUUGAUGAGUAUGAAAUACGAAAUGAAGAACUGCAAAAAGCUUACGAUAAACUUGACGAAGAUAGAGCAGAUAUAAUUGCUUACUUGAAAAAAACACUCAAUGUUAAAACUGAAGAAAAUACCGAACUCAAAGAAAAGGUGAAAGGUUUAGAAGAAUUACGAGAGAUCGAAACUGAACAAUUUAAAGAGACUGUUGCGGAAUUAAAAAAGAAUUUUACUACUAUGAAAGAUCAGCUCACAUCAGAAAAUAAAUUACUGGCUGGAAAACUUAACACCCUCGAAGAGUUUAGGGCUAUUCGAGACGAUCUCAUGAAGAAAUUCGAAAAUCAAGACCGCGCUUUUGAAGAACAAGAAAUGAAGUAUAAAAGAAUGCUGUAUGACGCUGAAAAAAAAUUCGUCAUAGGAAAAGAUAAGUUAAAGAAGGAAAUGGAAGAAAGACUUUUACAUUUAGCACAAGAAUUCCAAGAUGCUAGUGAAUUGAGGAUUGCCGCCUCUACUCACAGAGUGAUCCGAGAAAAUAUUGCUCUAAAUAAUCAGUUGGAUAGUCUUUUAAUGACACAAGCAAAAGUGGCUGAGCAAAACGAAAAAUUCAGAGAGGAUGAAAGAGCUGCUCAAUGCGCUAGGGAAGUGGCUGAAGAACAGCGGGAUAAAGCAAUCAAUAAAAGUAUUGUACAGUUAAAAGUUAUUGAUCAAUUAACCACUGCAUUCCAAGAUGUAAAGAAACAAAAAGCUCUACAUGAUAAGAGACAAUUUGAUAAUGAAAAACUACAAAUAAGAACGCAAAAAUUGACGAAAGACAACGAAAGUCUUUCACUACGCGUGCGUAUACUUGAACAAAACUUGCAUGCUACUUUGGGUGAACAAAAUAAAUCUGUUGUAGAAACUGCUAAACUACUGAGAGAACGUGAAAAGUUCAAAAAGAUUUUGAAAGAAGCAGCUUUUGCGGUGGAAGCGGCAUUAAAAUUAGACCAUUGGUCUAAAUUGGAUCCUACUCGAGAAAUCAUUGAUAGAGAAUUAGUACUUCAAGAUAUUCUGUCGGUAAUUAACCAAUAUCGUGAUACUGCACGAGCUGAAUCAAUGGAGUCGUUGAUAUCGCUUGGCAAUAUAUAUGAUAAAGGUGACCUUGGUUUUAUCCCGAAACCAGUUAUAAGAAAAUCAUUAGUAGUGGGCACUGGUUUAGGAACAACAGCAUCGCUUCAAUCAUCUGAAGAAAAACGUAGCUCUGCGUCUGGUUCUUUCACAUCGUCGUCUUCCGUGGGAAGUUUGAAAACGAUACCAAGUAUUACACUGGUACCACCCGAAGAAGAGGAUCAACCGCCAACUCCUAAAGAUAGUGUGCCGUCAUUUACUGUGACGUCAUUGCAUUCAAGCGGUAGCGAUAUUGAUGAUGAAGAGGGCAAAGACUUGAAUGAAAUGAGCAAGAUGCUAGAAUUAAGUAAAGCUGAAAUGCAGAAAUCUUUGAUGCUUGAAAUGGCUUACUCACAGGCUUCCAAAAUAUCUUUAUCGCAAGCGAAAUCUGAUGGGAGAAAAAUGAGCUUGUCGAAGGCAAAAUUAGAGACUCUAUCAGGUGUUGUAGAAGAUGGAGAAGGUGCAGAAGAUAAGACAGAUGAAAGAGAAUCUUUUGACAAAGCGACUGAACAAGGAGAAACAGUAGCAGACGAAGAAAAAGAACCUGUAAAAGAUACGAGUGAUGCCCCACAAACUAGUGAGGAACAAGCAGAGGAAGGUGAAACACCUGAAGACAAGCUACCUGAAGAGAAGGAAAAAACUGAUGAGGAACAGAAAGCGGAAUAA